AAAAAAAAUAGUCAAAAUAUAGAACAAUCGCAUAUGCACAACAAUUGGUACGUGACUUAUAUAUCUUACGGCAGAUAUUUCUGAACGUUUUGUAAGAUCAUGUCAAUGGGUAUCUUCGAGAACGAAAUCUUCAUGAUGUCGAAUUCGCUACGAAAGAUGCAAAAAAUGUUGGGCACUCGGCUGGGAGCAAAUGUACUUUACUUUAGAAUGGAACGGCCGGUUUGUUUGAUAUUAGAAGACCUUUCUCGUCUAGGAUUUCGUAUGGCCGAUCGUUUCCGUGGUUUAGAUUUCGAUCAUUCCAAGCUAACUCUUCAAAGCUUAGGCAAAUUUCACGCAGCGUCGGUAGCACUCUGCGAAAAGGAACCCAAGCUAAAGACUCUAUACCAAAAAGGGAUACUGUACGAAGGAAUGCCGACCGAAUUCAAAAUCUUCUUCGUCUCCGCGAUUAAAGCUCUUGGAGAUGAUUUGGCAAAUUGGCCGCAAGACGUGAAAAGGUAUCAGAAUAAAGUUAAGAAAUUCGCCGAAGUUGUUUACGACCGUGGUUUAGCGGCAUUGCAACGAAACGACGACGAGUUCAACGUUAUUAAUCACGGUGAUUCCUGGACGAACAAUAUGAUGUAUCGAUACGAUGAGAAUUCAAAGCCUAUCCAGCACGUGUUUGUGGAUUUCCAAAUGUCCAUCUACACUUCACCGGCGAUCGACCUGCUCUACUUUUUAAACGCGACCGUCCAAAACGAAGUGAAUACCGAGAGUCUGAUCGAGGAAUACGUAAAUACGUUGACCACCACCAUGAAGAGGCUAGGUUGCAAAACGACACCACCUACGAUAAAAGACAUAAAAAAAUAUAUGAGAGAAAGGAUAGCAUGGGGGAUGUUGGCCGCGACUACCGUAUUACCGUUCACCCUGAUGGAUAAAUCCCAGGUGGUGAGUCUCGACGAGCUGAUCAAGAAAAACGACACGUUUGAUUAUCCCGGGACCAAGAAUCCGAUGUAUCGGAAGGUAAUGGCCGAGAGAUUAGCGAAAUUCGAAGAAGCAGGCGUGUUUGAUUAAUUCGGUAUGGAUUAAAAGAGCUGUGCUGUGUUUAAAACUAAUUGGAAAGAAU